UCAGCUCACGGCGCUCUAUUUUGAUAGUAAACUCGGUGUAUUUCGUCUCCGAGAUUCCUGUGUGUGUCGUUACAAAACACAAUUGUAUCGUUUUUAAUUCGCGCUUGAUUGCCUAUCAUCUACACCCGGACUAGGCCCUGGCAAGGCCCGCAAGCAACCACCAUAUGUUCCUUCGAAACGCCGCAUCUGUUGAGAAAGGAGAAAGAAAUCUCUAGCUAUGAGUCUGGAGGGAAUGGCAACGAGGAGGUGGGCAGCAGCUGCCCUGGCAGUGCUGGGUCUUGCUAUGUGUUGGCCCUGCUCUACUGGGGACACUGGUCCAGAGUGCACUCGUGUCACUGGGGAGACUGGUAAAAGUGGCAGUGAGUUUCUGUCCACUAUCGACACCCAGAUGGCAGAACAGACCCAGCGGCAGCACCUGGAAGCUCUCUUCGACAGGUACGGGGAGAAUGGCACCAUUUCGCUGGCAGGCCUGAAGCGGCUGUUGGAAAACGUGGGACUGGACCGAAUACGAAAGGUCAUGGUGCAACACCAUGACCAACCCGUGGACGACGGAGCAGAGGGGCAUCGGCAUGGACACCACAACCACCACCGUAACCACCAACACGAGGACGACCACAAUGGCACACACCGUCAAAAGCACUCCCGCCGCCCCCCCGUUGAGCCCAAAAAGGUUCCCGAGACCCCCAAGGUGCCCAAAGUAGAUGACCCUGUCCUGGGGAAGAAAGUGGAGAAUUCGGAUGCCCACCAUAACCUCUAUGUGAAGAAAACCACCGCAGCGCAGGAGAUUAGCACCACCACUGAGGCAGUGCGCAGUCGGCGGGAAGCCCCCACUGCUAGUCUGACCUCUGUCAUACUGGUCAGCAACUCUCUGGGGGCUGAGAACCAAACGCAGCCACCCAUGGUCAGGCAGGAGGGCUCGGAUAAUCCGCACUUAGAUGACCACGAUACUGACCAUAAUGAUCACAACCAUGAUCAUGAACACAGUCAUGAUGACCACAGUCAUGAUGACCACAGUCAUGAUGACCACAGUCAUGGUCAGGACAGCCUCCACAACCAGAGCCAAGGUCACAUACAGGAGAAAGCAGAGUGUUUGAAUGCCUCCAGUAUCCUGUCGUCCCAUGGAAUGGCCAAAGGGCCCCUGUCUCUCAGUGACUUCAGCUACCUCUGUCCUGCCCUUCUCAACCAGAUCGAUGCCAAGUCCUGCAUACUGCACGGCAACCAAACACCCCAGCAUGUCAACAAAGUUCACAAGAAUAAUAAUCCUCAUCACCAUGGUGAUCACAACCAUGAUCACAACCAUGAUCACAACCAUGAUCACAACCAUGAUCACAACCAUGAUCACACUCACGAGGACCAUCAAGUGAAUGAAAACAACAACAACAACAAAUUAGGCUCAAUUCAAGCAGCGUGGGCCGGCGGCUUUGUCUCCAUCACCAUCAUCAGCCUGCUGUCCUUGGCUGGCGUGGUGCUCAUCCCGUUGAUGAACCGGGUUUUCUUCAAGUUCCUGCUCAGCUUCCUGGUGGCGCUGGCUGUGGGCACGCUGAGCGGAGACGCCUUCCUACACCUCAUACCCCACUCUCAGGGGGGCCACCACCAUCAGCACUCUGUGAACAAGACAUCAGGGCACGGUCUCCACGGGGAGGAGGAAGAGGACCAUGACCUGGACGGGGUGUGGAAGGGGUUGACGGCCCUGGGCGGAGUCUACUUCAUGUUCCUCAUCGAGCACUUCCUCACACUGGGCAAAAUGUACAAGGACAAACAGAAGGUGAAGAAAUAUGACCAGAAUGAUGACAAGGUGGAUCCUGAGAAACUACCGGGCCUGGAGGAGAAUGACCUAAAGCCAAUUGAAGAUGUGAAUACUAACGGAGGUGGCAACUUCGGCGACCACCACAGCGACGGGCUCCACCGGGUCAGCGAGGAGGAGGAGGUAAUGCUGGCGCCCGCCACCUCACCCGAGGGCUACGCCUCCAUGUCGGGCUCGGCUGCUGCCACCUACACAGCAGGGGACUGUGAGAACAAGUGCCACUCCCACUUCCACGACACGGUGGGCGAGGCAGACAACCUGCACCACCACCACCACGAAUACCAUCACAUCCUGCACCACCACCACUCUCAGAACCACCAUCCACACAGCCACUCGCAUUCGUACUCGGAACAGCACUUCCAGCAGGCGGGUGUGGCCACGUUGGCCUGGAUGGUCAUCAUGGGCGACGGGCUGCACAACUUCAGUGACGGCCUGGCCAUCGGGGCGGCAUUCACAGAAGGGCUGUCCAGUGGCCUCAGUACGUCGGUAGCCGUGUUCUGCCAUGAACUGCCUCACGAGCUGGGUGACUUCGCUGUGCUGUUGAAGGCUGGCAUGACAGUGCGACAGGCCAUUCUCUACAACAUGCUGUCUGCCAUGAUGGCGUACCUGGGCAUGAUCACGGGCAUCCUCAUUGGGCACUACGCUGACAACAUCUGCAUGUGGAUCUUCGCCCUCACCGCCGGGCUCUUCAUGUAUGUUGCCCUGGUGGACAUGGUCCCGGAGAUGCUCCACAACGAUGCUGGGGAUCACGGCUUCAGCCACUGCGGCUUCUUCCUGCUCCAGAACGCAGGCAUCCUGUUGGGCUUCUGCAUCAUGCUGCUCAUCGCAAUCUUUGAACACAAAAUCCAGCUGGAAAUAGACAUCUAAACUGAUGGAUCUCAAACCUGGUCUCCAAGGACCCCUGUGUUUGCAGGUUUGAAUCCAAACCGAAUUUGGUACUGGGAGAAGGAAUAGAUUAAUCGAACAUGGUUAGUUGAUUAGAACAGAAUGUAGCCUUAAGUUUGAUUGUAAAAGCCCACAUUCACAGGCAUCCUUGGAAAACCAGCAGUGUUAAGAAACACUCCUCAAACUGACAGGACCAAGUGCCGUGUGUCUCACCUGCCGAGUGGCCACAUCACGAGUCAGCCAUUACUGUUUUUUUCCCGCUCAUCUCCUCCAAGAAUUGAAAAAGAAAUGAAUAGUGUGAACAUUUCUUUUUGGUCAAGGUUCACCUGUUGCAAAAUGUCAAUUGGCAUGUAUUCUGUAUGUGUUUUUUUAUGUCUGUCAAACCUUUGUUGCAUAGUUGUCUGUCUUCCCUCAGUGUGCUUCAUGUUUUAUUUCUGGUCAAGAUUUACAGUAAAAAAAAAAAAAAAUGGAGAACUGUGUUUUGUUGACGGGAUGUUUGGAAAGGACAAGCUUUGUUUGUGGGCGUCAGAACAAGGGUCAAUCCUUUAAAUGUUGUUUAUUUAAAAUCCACUUAAUCCCAACCUGUCCCACCUCCUUGGUAACAGUGCACCAAGUCUUUAAAUGCCCGAUCAAAAUGAAUCAAGCCAAUUUAAGGGCAGUUAAUCACUAUGCCUCUGGAAUUGUGUGCAUGGUGCUAUACUCGGUGGUGGGGGGGGGGAACUUAGAUCAGUCUUUUAAGUCUGUUACAUUGUCCACAGAGGAAACGUGGUUGUAAAUGUGUUGGAAAUUAGCCUUGAUUUGCAGAGCUAUUUCAGAGGUACAGUAUCUCACAAGUAACACAGUGUUGAGCAUUUUCUCCCAUGAACGUAGUCUAUUAGAGAAAAAAGGCUCCAUCUCGAUCCCGAAGUUUGUUCAUUUAGCCAGUGUCAGUAGAGGAUAUCCAGUCAUGGGACUAGAUAGACAGCGAUCGAUCUGAUAACAUGAACAUUCUCUCUUCACUAAGUGAUUUAUAGUGGUAACUUCUUUCAAAGGUCCUGUGAUGAAUGUGUGAUCUGUGUCUGUUCAGAAAUGAAGCCACUCCGUGGUAUUAUGUUUUUAAGUUAUCGUGACAAUAUCUCAUCGCGCUGUGUUUUGAGAAGAUAACCAAAAGUUUGGUUAGGAAAAAUGUAAUGUUUUCAUCUGUUUCACACACUGUUUAGGAAGAGGCAUAUCAUGAAGAGAUCCUGUCUGUGUGCCAUUAUUUUACUGUUGUGUACGUCAGGCAGCUUUGGAUGUAAUAUGUGUUACUUUACAUUCCAGAAGAAAAAUAAAAGUUAUUGCCUACUACCA